AUGAGGCUUAUUAGCACACUCGUCCUUCUCUUCGGCUGUGUGGCUCUGGCAGUCACUGCUACUACCGCCUCUACCACCAGUCUGCCUGCAGCCGGCCCGCCUCCCGGUCUCGGAACACCUCCAUCCAACUUCGACAGGCGGCCUUCUUCCCCACCUUACCGCUACGUAAAGAUGUACCGCAGGACCACGGGCUACGUUAAGCCCGUGCCAUCAGCCCCGCCUCUGCCGUCGAAGGGCACUUGGCAGCGCACUUUCAGGAUGCAUAGGUUGCCACCUGGUCUUCAGAAGAAGAUUUCGGAAGAUUAUGGGAAGAAGCGCAAGUGGGGUAGAAUGACCAAUGGUAGCUAG